AUGUUGCUCUUGCACAACAUAACCGCGCUACUCGGUCUAAUUGAGUUUUCAGCUACAAAUGAAGAUUUUUUAAAAAUAAUCAAGGAUAUUGUUGCCGUCACGGCUACGGCCCAAAAAACCAAAACACUCAUCUACGCGAGUAAUGGCUUUGCGGAGUGUAACCGAGCGGAACAAGACAAGGUGGAUGUAGCUCUUCAACUGAAUUCCCUGCUCAAUCCCAAACUAAUGGCUCUCAUCAGUAUUGAUGGUUAUGCGCCUACCAAGCCUUACAAAAGACUUUUCAGUCUGAAUGUACUAAGCGUUGUACAGUUAAAUGGGGAAUGGGAAAGUGACCAGCAGUUAGUAAGGAAAUUACUAAUGAACUUGGAUCGAAAUAGACAAAGUGGUAUAAUAUUGCUCUUCUGUGACGCGGUCAGCCAGACAUAUGCGACGUGGAUCAUGCAACAUUGCGCCGAAGUAGGUGCAAUAAAUGUCAUCGCCUUACAGCCCAAUAUGACGGUGAAGGAGCAAAGUUAUUGGACACUGCAAUUAUUUCCCGAAAAGCAAAUAGUUCAGCAGAAAUUGCCCACUUUUUACCGCGGAAUAUUCCCUGACCACUUGAGUAAUAUGCACGGAUGUCCUCUGCGCUUUAUAGCAAGCGGUUGGCAUCCGCAAAUAUACAACUAUAUAUCACCGGCAGGAAAAGUAAGGCUUAGCGGUUAUUUGGGCAACACCUUUAAUGCCUAUGCGCAUCACCGCAAUGCAACAGUUCUUACACCAGGUAGUUAUCCGAACGGUCUGCUAAAUUAUCCACAAGUUCGUAAUAUUCUGCUGAACAAUGGUGCAGAUAUGGGGCCACUGUGGCCAUUCCAUCUUAGAGAGGACUCAUUGGGAUAUACAUCUACGUUGCAUCGUUUCGAUUUAUGUCUGAUGGUGCCGGUAGAAAACCGCAUGCCGAGGUCUACUUUCUACUACAAAGUUUUUGGCGAGUGGUUUAUAAUUUUAUUAUUGAUUAGUUUAAUACUAAUCUGCGUCCUUUUGACGCCCGCAAUAAAUCGAAAAGGGCAUGUGUUUUUAGAUCAUAGUUUUAAUAUUGACAUUUCGGUGCUACAAGGUUUUCUCGGCAUGCCAUUUUGGUUCCGUACGUGCUCCUCUCGCCUACAUAAGUUCAUAAGCAUUAUCAUCGUUUUUGCGGGAAUAAAUGUUAACACGACUUAUGUUGCGCACUUACAAAGCUUUAUUGUAAACUCGCCCAUAGACAAACCUAUUAAGAGCAUAGGUGAUUUGGUAAACCGUGGCAUAAUGGUUGCAAUGGACACGAACGUUUACCCUAAGCAAAUGGGCGAAGAAUACUUUUUAGAAAACUAUGAUAAAUUCACUCUUUUAAAAAAUGCGACUGAAUUACUUGUGUUGCGCGACGACUUGGAUACACGCUUUGCUUUUCCUGUCAGCAAUAUGUGGGAUGUUUAUAAUGAGCAACAGAAAUUUUUCGGUCAACCGCUUUUCCGUAUCUCGAAUAUCUGUUUUCAAAAGGGCGGCUCACUACUAGUGCCAUUGCCAGCGAACUCAAUAUAUCGUGAAAGUUUAAAUGAUUUUAUUGGUAGAAUUCGCUCAGCUGGCCUUACAGAUUUCUGGUUACGUUCCAGUUUUUUUGAAUUGGUGAAAAUGAAACGGAUUACGAUAGAAGAUCGAAAUCCACUGGAAGUUUUUAAGCCGAUGAAAGUUGAAGACUUGCAAUACAUUCUACUAAUAAUGAGCUGUUUAAUAAGCUUAAGCUUUGGAUGCUUUGCAUUGGAGAUUUUAUGGAUGAAAAUUAAAAAACAAUUUUUUUCCAAUAAAAAAGUUGAUCGAAAGCUGUCUAAAAAUCCACAGCGACAAGCAAUUAAAAUAUAAUUAAUAACUGAGCAUAUUUAAUUAUUUUCGAUUCUACGAUUGUAAAAAUUAAUAUUGUAAAUUCCGUUUAAAGUUUAUCUUUACUAUUGUACAAUCCUUGAUAAUCUAUGUAUGUAUAUGUUUAACAAAUUAAAGCUCUAAUUAGUUCAAGAACCCACAUAUGUAUAUGUACAAUGCACAAUGGCUCUAAAAGAGAGCACAACUUACAAUUGGAGGACUUUCGAUAACCGAACAGGAACAGAGAAUAAUUGUUGCGCAUGCUGCCCUUUGCUUUAUAUUCCUCAAAAGAGAUACGAUUUGCCGCUAUUGUAUGCCAUUCAUAACUAAUACCUCUCUCACUGCUACUUAUUUGUGUUAAACAUUAAUACGAUUCGCAGCACGAUGUAGUACACACACACGAAGCAGCCAACUCAGUGAGUUUCAGCAGGGAUGUACCAAGCAUAAAAUGAAAUACGUAAUUUGAAAGGCUUUCUGUUCCAAAUGGAGAAAGAGCUGCUGGAGAAGCACUUCAAACUACAUGUAGGGAAGCCUAUUUAAAGCCGGUCGAGAAUUACAUCCAAAGCAAGAUUGACGUUUCGAAAA